GAACCGGGACCACGUUUUAUCUCGCAGUCGAGAGUGUUUUUUUCAAGCAUGGCGGGGAUAGAUGGAGAAAAUAAACCGGUAUUGGAGAUGAUGGAGCAAAUAAGUUAUGCAGCUGCCACCAUGCUGGGGACGACACCCACAGAACAGAGCGAGUGAGAUUCCCUUAUUGCUUGAGAUAUUUCCAACAUCCCCGUUUAUUUGAAGACGUUCCUGAAUUAUUCUCAUCAGCGUUACCUGACACAGUCAAGGGAUGCAACAAAAGUCCAAAAGAAGAGGGGAAAAGACUAAAGUAGGCUCUGAACAGGGACAGGAAGAAAGACAGGAAGUAGAGAGAAGUAAGAAACAGCAUGACGAGCAAACCGUGACGGAGUUGGAAAUGGUGGAGAACGAGAGGAAGAAACGUAAAAGGCAAAAGAAGAAAGAGAAGCGCGUGAAUGUUCAAGCUGAAAUGGAGGAACGAACUGAAGGGAAAACGAAGAAAAAGUCAAACGAUCUUCAAACACAACGAGACGAUGGAGCGACUGUUGCUGAGGAGGCGAUGAGUAGCUGGAGGAAAAAGACACACCAUAAUGACAGACGGACAGAAGACGGGAUGGCCAGUGGCCUCUCAGCGUCUGCAGUAGAUGUCUCGGAUGUAAGAGUGCCAGAGGAGGCCAGAAGGAGUAAGAAGAAGCACAAGAACAGACGAACGGAGCUUGGAGAUGGAGCGGAAAGCCGUCACACAGUUUUAAGAUUAGCAGAUGAUCCUGAAAUCAUAGAACUAUACACUGACACGGUUGAGGGAGGUGAAAAUGUGGUAACGGAGCUACAGAACAAUGUAAAGGAGAAGAGGAAACGAAAAAAGGAAAAAGUUGAAGAGAUUCAACUGAACGUUUGUCCAGAUGAAACGGAGCUUCCGGGUAUUAUAGAACAAACUGAGAGAAAAGGGAAGACAACGAGGCUGACAACCCAACCGGACGGAGGGUCUGCUGCUGUAGAGGGCAGCGGGAGGAAAAAGAGAAAACGCUGCAGAGAGUCCGACACGGGAAUGGACCGUGUGCCCUCGACGUCUGAUAACGGGACACCUGAUGCUGGACCAGAACCUGAGACAGGGGAGGAUGGCCCCCAUACAACCAUGGUUGCGACAAGGACCCAACACCGCAGACGCAGCCCAAAGGAGAAACCUCUAAGUGAUAAAGAACGGAGGGCUAUGAAUGAGCUCAAAGAGUUUAUUCCCAAUAUUGAGUCUCAGGCUGAUAAGGCGAUCAGAGCAAUGAUAAAGUAUGAUCUUGAUCGAUUCAAGGGAUUCCGAAGACAAGGCAUUUCCCUGCGAACUGGACGAUUCAGUGCACAGGAGAACAAACAACUCACGAGGAACAUAGACGACUUCCUGGCUCUCACAGGGAUUGAGGAUGCCUCUAAGCUCUUCCAUACAACGCGCUUCACAGACGAAGUAACCAAGAUCCAGAGGUUGAAGAGUCAUCACAGUUUCCCUGAAAGAAUAGCUGAAGGGAUCCCAAGGCCUUGGCAUACGAUCUAUACUCGAGGUGGGAGGAAAAUGUUUGAUGGCAGCAGCUACAAGGGCAGACGAAGGUUCAGCGAAGAUGAACUUGCCUCUUUGAGAAAACUGCAAAUGUUGCACGGCAACAAAUGGGUGAAGAUCUCGCGGUUGACUGGUCGAAGCGAAACGCCCCUUCUGAAACGCUUUUCUCAGAUGUUCGCAAACUUGGGUUCUUGGAGCGAGGAAGAACUGAAGAGACUAAUGGAGGCUGUUCGAGACCACCUGCUGGGACAGGCAGAGCCUGGCAGUGGACCUGCCACCAUCAGGAAAGACAAGCUGUACAAACACAUCCCCUGGUCAGAUGUGUGCCGGAGGGUGAAGACACGCCACCGGGACCAGUGUAGAAUGAAAUGGUUGGGUGUUCUGGCACACAAAAUGACAUAUGGACGACCAGUAUUCAGUGGAGGUGUGAAAACCAUAAAGGCUAAAGUGGAUUUGAUCAAAGCGUUGAACGCAAUGCAGGUGGAAGAUGCUUCAGAUGUUGACUGGGAAGAAAUUGCUCACACAAUUGGGGGUGUUACUCCUUACUACCUACAGAAGCACUACCACAAGCUAAAAGUAACCAAAGUUCCGCUGCGGGAGAGCAUGACCUUCUGUGAGAUCAUUGAUUUCCUGUACAGUAGUGUUCUGCCCCAGUUUGAAGAGCUCCUCCGCCAGGUUCAGACGGAGUCAGGGGAGACUGAGUCCGGAGACGAGCCACGAGAGUUCUUCCUGCUUUCAGAGAUAUUUGAAAAUGACUGAGAUUAUUACAGCGAGGUUCAGAGCAGAUAAAUAAUCAAUACAUAGAACACAGAUCUGUCUCAGAAGCUCAAUGGGGUUUUUUUCUGGGUGAAAAUAGG